AUGGUUCGCCAGGUGCAGCCGCAGCCGCUGCGCAUCAGCAAGUCGACGCCGAGCAAAGACAAGGACGGAAGCAACCACUCGAGCUGCAGCAGCAACAACGGCGGCAGCAGUAUGACGAGUCCGCGGCCGCUGUCUGAAAUCGGCAGCACGGAACGCCGCCGCAACUCGCCUUCCUACAACCAGGCCACGAGGGUACGUUCCUACCGCAUAUCUGAUAUCUGCACUGUCCUGCCCUGUCCUGUCCUGUCCUGUCCUGUCCUUUCCCUCCCCCGCAUUUCGGGUUGUUUCCAUAAUUCCGUGUUUUGCUUGUUGACGUGCCCGCCUCCCAGAAGAUGAUCGUCUCCCGCGAUUCCUCGCCAUACACCGAAAACUCCUUCUCCUCCGUCAAGGACACCGCCUCACCGCGCGCAUUCUGGCGGGGACGAGACCCCAUGUCGCCCUCUCGCUUCGACGAAUCCGAGAACACCAUUGAGCGCUCGCCUUCUCCCAACCUGCUGUCGCCUAAGAGGCGCGCCAGCAUCGAGAAGCUGAAGCAGGCCGGCCGUGUCAAGGCCAGCAACAUCUUCGCCCUCGAGAACAAGGACGCCUACGACCCGAGCAGCUUGCCGAUCGUCGAGAGACCCACCAACAGUCGUCCAAUGAGCCAGAACUUGCUGAACAACAGCUUCACCCGCUUCGAUAGCCUGCGCAAGGAAAACAAUCCCUUGAGUAGCCCGGGCAGACCCAGUCACCAGCGAACACAGAGCCAGAAUGCUGUGCAGAUCCUGAGCAAUCCUGCUAGUCCCAGCAAGGUCGCACUGCCAAUUUUCAGUAGCCCCAGCAAGAAAGAAGGAACGCCGUCACCAUCCAAAUCGUCGCUCGCUCGAAACAGCCAAUUCGGCUCUCCCCUGGAACAGGCUGUGAGCGCGACAUGGUCUAGUGGAGAUGAGCGCGCACCCACACCACGUGCCCUGCAUCGUCACAACAAGAGUGUCACUUUCCACGACGACCCACCUGUAAUCAACGAGUACGAGCAGCCGACCCCAGAGCCAUCCGUAUCAGCUGCCUCGGACUCUCGAGAAGGGAGCUUCGACUCCGAAGAAUGGGAUCCUGAAUAUAGCUUCGAGCGCGGCAGCUCUGCAGACAACAAUCGCGAUGACAGUUUCGACGAAGAUCUUGAGAACGCUGACAAGACGCCGGUCGUCUUGCCAGAGGACUGGUCUCGCAUGUCUCCAGAGGAAGCCAGAACCGAUCUCAUUGACGACGGCGACGAUGUCUUCGAAGGUUCUCGAUCGCCUGAGCGUCCGAUCCUGGGUCGUUCUGAGAGCGUUGCAUCCGACGGCGAGUCUCGACCGCUGCCACCGCUGCCGGGACUUAUCCCCAAAGAGCGCCGCAACUCGGGCAUUAGCGCGGCUGCGGAGAGGGCUGCAUUGGCUGCUCGCAACUUGCGUUCGCCACCGAAGCGUGCUUCGUGCAGCAAGGACGACAUUCUCAACAUGACACGUCGGUCGUCGCUUUCUCUGGAAGAUCGCAUGAAGCUCAUGGGCAGCGAACGUCCAUCAUCAAAGCAUUCGGACAGCGGUGCUGUGCACGAAGAGCUAACCAUUACCAAUCUGGACACUGGCGAGAAGGUGGACCUGGCCGUCAAAGAUGGGGAGGCCGAGGGCGACUCGGUCGUUGCUGACUUGGCUGAUUUCUCCAACUCACCACCCAAGAUUUCAAGGGAGAGUAUUCUGCGUAGAGUUAGAAAUAGCAAGUACGACCUCGAGGAAGACGUGGACGCGUCAGAGUUCGACGACGAGAGCCCUGAGAGACCGUCGUACACUGCGAUGGCAAUGAUGGAUCCCGACCAGCCAAUACCAUCUCGAGAGAACAGCCGCGAGACGAGCGAUCAUUACCUCGGCGUUCGUAUCCGCGAGCGAGAGGUCAGCGAAGAGGUUGAGAUCAAGGAGGAGCCUACCGAAGAAGAAAUCGACCUGGCUUCCAUUCCUGUUGUUGAGGAGGCCCAGCCAGGAGCACCUCGCUCACCCUCUCGCAUGGAGGACUACAAUCGCGAGUCUUCUGUUCUGCGUCACGACACCCGGUUCCAGGACGAGGACAAUGACGAUUCGGGCAGUCGUUAUUCUUCUGCGGAACCAGAGGCUGAAAGCACCGUGCUCAAUUCCCAAGAAGCCGAUGAGAUUGAUGACGGCAAGGAGACUCUGCAAGACGCAAUGCAGUUGCUCACUGUGAAAGAUUAUGGUGGACCGGAAUCGAAGCCUGUGAAAAGAUCCGUCAGUGGCGAGUUCAUGGGCUUGCCUGCAUAUGCUGCCAUGGAUGACUUCGACUUCGAUAUGGGCCGAUACAUCCAGCCUUCUCCCCCACCAUCCAACGAGAACACAAAGAAGCUGGAUGUCACUGCCAGUGCUCCCUCUCUUCAGCCUGCAGCCGAAAUCAAGCCAGCGAUCAAAGAUCUGCCUCGUCCUGCAUAUGAUGGUGCAGAGUUCUCACCAUCGGCUACUCCAGACUCUGUCAGCUCCGUCAUUCAUCACGACAGCGAGGCCUCUGCCCUCGAGGAACCAAGCAUCCCAAUAGAGACCCAGCACGAAGACAGCCCGGAGAUCCCUGAGCGGAGAGCAACAAUUCGAACAAACGGUCAGUUGAAAGCCCGACCAUCUGCAACGCCGGCAGAUAUGCGCAUGAUGGCAGAACAGCGACGUCUCGUUAGUGCCGAGCGACCGGUACCUGCCAUCCCGCAAGCCUACCACCCCGAGUCUGAAUACAUCGCUGAGAACGAGCUCGAGGACACCAAGACAUCGACAUAUUCGUCCGAAGGCAAUGAGUCGAAGGCAGAUUCGGCCAUUGAAUCCACAGCCGAGCCGACGGUAGAGCGUAGUCCAAAGCGCCGGGAAAGCAAGAAGGUUGCCAAGCUCAACUUGGACAUACCGGCCUUUAGCGCGGAAAUUGGUGAAGACGGUCUUGGGUUGGACCAGGAGUUCGAUCGUGUUAUUGAGAACCAGAAGGUGGGCUCUCCCUUUCCUUUAUCCUCGUCCGCUAGAUUUGAUCCUGCACAGCAGAGACAAUUUGGCGGACUCUCCCCUUUCAACCCAGCUGGAGGCUUGCGCGCAGCGGAACAUCAUCUCUCGCAUGCUUCAACCUCGUAUUCCCCCCAAUCGGCAAGUACCGGCGCUGGUACUAACGUACGCAAGCAGAAGGGAUACCUGAUGCGGCAGAACACGAAAGUCGUCGUGGCCUCGAAUCGAAACUUUUCCAACUCGAGUAGGGGCACUGUCUCCUCGAACGAAAAUGCAGGACCAAUGUCACCCACAGGAGACUCUCGACCGAAUUCGAGAGGGAAGCCUAGUCGCAGCAAUAGUAGUCGGAAAGGCAGCGCCGAUCAGUUCCUCAAGACCGAGCCGUGGAAUGGGAAGGCGAGACGCGAGAGCCAACGCAAGGCUUCCGCAGCACAGCAUGGUACAGGAGCCGUUCCUCCCUUGCCGGGUCAGCCAAGCGCGCUUGGCGUCGUGAAUGAGGACUUCGCGGCGGGUACUGGCAGUUUGGAGGACGAUGUGGCUGACGGCGUCGAACGCGGCCGGUUGUUUGUCAAGGUUGUCGGUGUGAAGAACCUGGAUCUGCCGAUGCCACGCAACGACCGGCUAUAUUUCCAGAUGACUCUCGACAAUGGCAUGCAUUGCGUUACAACCUCCAAAAUGGAGCUUGGCAAGGCAGCGCCGAUUGGACAAGAAUUCGAGCUGGUUGUCCUGAAUGACCUGGAAUUCCAGCUUACAUUGACGACCAAGCUGCCAUCUCCGCCAAAGGUGAACACUCCCAUGCCUUCAUCGCCACUCAGAACUCCAAAGCACCAGAAGUCUAGCAGCCUUUCACGCUUCUUAUCGAGUCCGAAGAAGCGUGCCGAACGUGAACGUCAGGAGCGAGAAGCGGCUGAGGCAGAGGAGCGCAGACUUCAGGAGGAGGCGCAGCGACACCGAGCCUCCAUGCAGCCAACGGCCUGGAACAUGCUGCAUGAACUCGUCAAUGGCUCAGAUGGCGCAUUCGCACGAGCUUACAUCAACUUGAAGGCGCAUGAGAAGCAGUGCUUCGGCCGACAACUGACGGUCGAUGUGCCCUGUUACAACGAGUGGGCUCUUGAGAAGGAUUCCGCAGUGGUGAACAGUGUGCGAAGCAAGCGUGGCAACGCUGGUCCGAUUCGUAAGCCGCCGUAUGUGGUCGGUCAGUUGGAGCUGCAGUUACUCUAUGUGCCCAAGCCUGCCGGCGCUGCAGACGAUGAGAUGCCAAAGAGCAUGAGCAGUGCCAUUCGCGAGAUGAACAAGGCUAGCGAAGUCAAGGAGGUUGUCCACGAGAGCCAUCUGAGCCAGCAGGGGGGUGACUGUGUGCAUUGGCGUCGCCGCUUCUUCCGGCUACAAGGUGCUCGUCUGACGGCAUACCAUGAGCAUACACACCAGAAGCGAGCUGUCAUCAACCUCAGCAAAGCCACUCGCCUGGUAGAUGACAAGAGUACGCUCGUGGCGGAUCCUAAGUCCGGCAAUCCAUCCAGCAAGCACGGCCGUCGCAAGUCGGCGUUCGCUGAAGACGAGGGAUACCAGUAUGUCGAAGAAGGAUUCCGAAUCCGGUUUGCAAAUGGCGAGACCAUCGACUUUUACGCCGACAGCGCCGCCGAGAAGGACGCAUGGAUGAAGAUGCUGAGCCAAGUCAUCGGCAGGCCUGAUCCUGGCAAGAAGGCUGCAACGUGGACGGACCUUGUCCUUGCCCGGGAACGCGUGGAGGGCAUCGACUCUGCUCACCACGCUCCACCGACCACCACGGACGUCCGCGACUUCACGAAGCCCCCUGCUCCAGCGCGGAAGCCCAGCGAUCGCAAGGCAAUCACGGCUUCAAAGAGUCUGCCCAUUAGUCCCAUGAAGCAGGCACCUCCGGAACGUACGGCGCCCAUGCCACCGUCGCCCACUGUCGACGACGGCUUGAGACCGAAGACACCGCCCAUGAAUCCGCGACGAGGCCAUCGGGCGAGAGACGCUGUCAAGAGUAUGAUUUUCUAG